AUGUCGAACCCUGAAAACUACACAGUUGGGUGGAUUUGUGCCAUCAGCACUGAGCGUGUCGCCGCCGAAGCUUUUUUAGACGAGAAGCAUGAAGGUCCUGAAAAUGUCUCUAUCCAUGAUAAUAAUGCCUACGCUUUAGGGAAAAUGGGAAGACACAACGUGGUCAUCGCUGUCCUACCUGACGGCGAGUAUGGAACAGCUUCUGCAGCUACUGUUGCCAGAGAUAUGUUACACACCUUCCCCAAUAUUAGAAUUGGCUUAAUGGUGGGCAUUGGCGGUGGUGUACCAAGUGCCGAGCACGACAUCCGCCUAGGCGACAUUGUGGUCAGCGCGCCUCGUAACGGGAAAGGAGGUGUAUUCCAAUACGACUUUGCUCAAUACGAGGCUGAGGGCCACCCGUUGGAAGAAAUGAUCAGUGACAUUCUUGCCAAAAAGCGAAGGCUACAGAAGAAGUAUAAGCGACCAGACCAAAGUAGUGACAGGUUGUUCCAAAGGGAAAUAGUUCAUCCGGCGGAUGAAGAAAGCUGUGUAACGGUUUGCCUUAAUGAUUUGUCUAAUUUACAACCUCGACACGAACGAACAGAGGACGAUGAUAAUCCAACAAUUCACUAUGGCACCAUCGCAUCGGCAAACCAAUUAAUAAAAGAUGCGAAAUUAAGGGACAGGCUCGCAGCCGAGAAUGAUGUGCUAUGCUUUGAAAUGGAGGCCGCAGGGCUGAUGAAUCACUUUCCUUGUCUGGUCAUCCGUGGAAUUUGCGAUUACUCAGAUUCGCACAAAAAUUCAGAUUGGCAAGGGUAUGCAGCAAUGGCGGCUGCUGCAUACGCCAAAGAGCUUCUAAUCCGCAUACCUCCGAAGAAAAUCGAGUCGGAAAAAAGAAUCAAUGAUAUAAUUAUGAAAGUCGAUAAAAAGAUAACUGAAGUCGAUGAAAAGAUAGAUGAGAUUAGCCAAAAUAUCCUAUCACUCGGCCUUCCAGUUGUGGAGGGAGCUGCUUUUAGCUCCUAUGCCGAGCAGCGCAAUCCGACCUGCUUCCCAAAUACCCGAGUUGAACUACUUCAACGUAUAUUGAAUUGGGCUCAUAACCCACAUGCCAGAAGUAUUUUUUGGCUAAACGGAAUGGCUGGGACUGGCAAGUCAACUAUUUCACGCACUAUGGCCCAGUCUCUUGCCAGAACCAGUCAUCUCGGCGCCAGCUUUUUCUUCAAAAGAGGCGAGGGUGAUCGAGGGAGGCCAGUCAAGUUCUUUACAACAAUAGCGGCUCAGUUAGCAAUAAUGCAACCAGCCAUCGACAUUCAUAUUAAAAAUGCCCUUAAGAUGAACCCUGACAUUGGUGACAAAGGGCUCCAGGAACAGUUUAUUACGCUCAUCUUACAACCUCUAUCCGCAGUCUCUCUGGAGAACAAAGAUGCUGCUGUCAUUGUUUUGGUUAUUGAUGCCUUAGAUGAAUGUGAAUUUGAAGAUGACAUUAUACUUAUUCUUCGCCUUUUCGGCCGUCUUACAAAUUUGAAUUUACGGGUCUUCGUUACCAGCCGACCGGAGCUUCCACUUCGUUUGGGCUUUUCUGAAAUCCAAGGGGAAUUUCAGCAGGUCAUUCUCCAUGAAAUAUCGGAGCCAAUGAUUCAACGUGACUUGUCAAUUCUGAUACGUCAUGAGCUACGAGAAAUCCGAGUCAAUUAUAAUAAAACGGUGCAAGAAUAUCGACAGUUACACAAGGAUUGGCCCGGCCAGUCCAAUAUUGACACUCUGGUGAAGAUGGCCACUCCUCUUUUUAUAUUUGCCGCCACUAUAUGUCGCUUUCUUGCUGACCGCAAAUAUGGGAACCCUGAUGCCCGGCUUCGCAAAGUCCUAAGAUAUGAAACCAAAAGUCAAGAGUCUAAGCUCGAUGCAACCUAUUUGCCUGUCCUUAAUCAACAGGUUACCGGGUUUUCUGCAAGUGAGCGAAACGAGGUACUACAACAAUUUCAAUACAUUGUCGGCUCUAUUGUGCUCCUUGCAAGUCCUUUACCGACACCUAGUCUGGCACAGCUCCUUGGAAUCUCCAGAGAUAUUAUUGAUACAAGAUUAGAUAUGCUUCAUUCCGUCUUAAGCGUACCGCAAUCAGAUGGGUCUCCGGUCAGAUUACUUCACCUCUCAUUUCGUGAUUUCCUGGUCGAUCCCGAGAAAAGAGGGCAAAAUCCCUUUUGGGUCAAUGAGGCAGAAGCUCAUGCGAGUAUAACUAACAACUGUCUGCGCAUCAUGAAAGAGUUUCUCCGAGAAGACAUUUGCAACUUACGAUCACUUAGGCUGGAGGGUUCUACAAUUAAUAUUCAAAACAUAACUGUGUUUAUUCCUGCUGCAAUUCAAAAUACUGCAAUUCCUGGAACAGCAUUUUUUACAUUGGAUCGAGGCGCUGAGUUUAAUACAUCAGGCACCAGAAAGCAUCAAUAUGAUCAGAAGCCUACAGGCAAUUUUACCAAACCAGAGUAA